AUUCCAAAAAAUUCAGAAAAAGGAGUAAAACUUUUUGUAAAAGUCUGUUGAACUAUACUUGAGGUGCAACUUAACCAUAAUAAGUGAAGAUACUGUGAAGGCUUAGUUCUGUAAUGAAAUUUUUACCAUUAAAGUGAAAGUUAACCUCAAUAAUGAAAUGCGAGGAGUGUAAACAAAUUAAAGUAAGAAAUAAAGACAUUUUUAAUUGUGACGGGUGUAAUAAGGAAAUAUGUAAAGAUUGUGGUGGACUCACAGCAUCAGAAAUAAAAGUUUUGCAGCUAGCCAGUCGAAUUAUGAAAUAUUACUGCCAAAAAUGUCUAACUGGAAGGUCUCUAGAAUUAUGUAAUAAAUUAGUAUUGAGCAUGGAAACAAUAAUAGAAGACAAAACAAUGAUUAUUAAUAUGUUACAAGAAGAAAUUGAAGAAUUAAAGAAAAAGUUAGCUACGGAUCAAACUGGAUCUGGUUAUAGUCAAGCAGUAAAAAAACACAUUGAGGAAGUCAUAUUAGUAAAGCCAAAGGACAUCACACAAACAAGUGAAGUUACGAAAAAAUCGAUAGAAGAAAAAAUCAACCCCAGUGAACUAGGAAUUGGUGUAUCGAGAAUUAAAUAUAUUCGAGAUGGUGGAGUGGCAAUAAAAUGCAAUGAAAAUAGUAAAGAAAGGGUAGUAAACGUUUGUGAAACAAUUAAGACCACUCUAGGUCAAUCAUAUGAUGUAAAUAUACCAGAAAGAAGAAAUCCGAGGAUAAUAGUAUUUAAUGUAUAUCCAAGAGAGUUAGAUGAUGAAGAUAAUUUAUUAGAUAAAAUUAUUCUCCAAAAUUCAAUAAAUACUGAGCCAAACAAAAGAGAACUAAAAAUAGUUCACAAAAUUAAAAAUCAUCAAGGAACAAUGAACGUUAUUCUACAAAUGGAUGUUCAUACGUACCAAUGCAUAGAGAAGAGAGAAAAGCUACAUAUCGGUUGGAAAAGUUGUUUUUUCAGGGUCAGUGUAAAUGUGAAACAGUGCUAUAAUUGCUGGAAGUUUGGUCACAUCGCAAAGGAAUGCAAAAAAGAAACACCUACAUGUCAAAAGUGUGCAGGGGAACAUAAAGCAACUGAUUGUAAUGAGAGUGAAGUAUGUUGUGUGAACUGUAGAUAUGCAGCAGAAGUAUUAAAAGUACCGAAAAUAGACAGUAAACAUAAGGCAUAUGAUAAAAAUUGUGAGGCAUAUAAGAGAGUUGUCGAACAACUACAAGAAAAAGUAAAAUAUCCAGAAAUAUAUAUCAACAAAAACAAAAUAUAGCAAUCAAACCCAAGCAUUUU